CCCGUCUUGCCCGUCUCCAUCGACAACCAUCCCCCCAUGGGCCACCUCCACGAGUAAACAAUAUCCACGAGACAAGCCCAAAAGUGUCCACUUGUUCCGACUCCCGAGCUACCGAGUCGUAGUCGGCAGCACCCCUCAAGGUGUACAUCAAACCCACCGCCUCCACGUCUGCCUCAUAACUUGCCUCGCCUCCCGCGUCUGCCUCACUGUCCAGCUUUCUCUUUUUAUUCUUUUUUCCCUUUUCCGCUUCCCGUUCCCGUCUUCACUGCUUGUUAUUCUUCCUCCUCUUCUUCUUCUUCUUAGCUCCACCAUUGUCCGUGGUUAUCGAGUAAUGUUGGCUUCCAUUGUGCGAUCUGAGGCUCGGUCUACUACGCUUAGACACCUCUUUAGACAACCAACCUCCGCUGCUAUUUCCCCUCUUAGAAUCUCCGCCAUGGCGCAAACAAGGAAGAACAGCUCCCUCCCCGCCGGCUAUGUCGAGGACAAGUCCAAAGGCCCCAUGCUCCGCUUCCAAGAGUCUCUCCCCCGUCUACCCGUCCCUACCCUCGAGGAGACGGCUGCCCGCUACUACCAGUCUUUGAAGCCUCUUCUCAGUCCCCAGGAGCUCGAGAACAGUAAGAAGGCCAUUGAUGCCUUCAUUGCCCCCAAUGGUCCUGGUCGCAAGCUCCAGGAGAAGCUCGUCGCUCGUCGCGAGGACCCCAAGCAUAAGAACUGGCUCUACGAGUGGUGGAACGAUGCGGCCUACCUCUCCUACCGCGACCCCGUUGUCCCCUACGUCAGCUACUUCUACUCUCACCGCGAUGACCGCCGCCGCCGCGACCCUGCCAAGCGCGCUGCUGCCAUCACCACCGCCGCUCUCGAGUUCAAGAAGAUGGUCGACCAGGGCACUCUCGAGCCUGAGUACAUGAAGAAGCUCCCCAUCUGCAUGGACUCUUACAAGUGGAUGUUUAACGCCAGCCGCGUUGCUGCCAAGCCCGCCGACUACCCCGUCAAGUUCAGCGCCGACGAGCACAAGUACAUUCUCGUCAUCCGCAAGAACCAGUUCUAUAAGAUCCACCAUGAGGUUGGUGGUAAGCAGCUCAACACCGCUGAGCUCGAGCAGGCCUUCAAGCGCGUCUACGAGCUCGCCGCCUCGCGCGCUCCCGCUGUCGGUGCUCUCACCUCCGAAAACCGCGAUGUCUGGACCGACGCCCGCGCUACUCUCCUCUCCGCCGACCCCAAGAACGCCAAGGCUCUCGAGGCCAUUGAGGCUUCUUCCUUCGUCGUCUGCCUUGACGAUGCCGCCCCCGUCACCCUCGAGGAGCGCGCUCACCAGUACUGGCACGGUGACGGCCAGAACCGCUGGUACGACAAGCCUCUCCAGUUCAUCGUCAACGACAACGGCACCUCGGGUUUCAUGGGCGAGCACAGCAUGAUGGACGGCACGCCCACUCACCGCCUCAACGACUUCGUCAACGACGUCAUCUUCAACAACAAGCUCGACUUCUCCGACCCCUCGGUGCGCUCCAACCUGCCCGAGCCCGAAGCUGUCAAGUUUACCGUCACCAAGGACGUCCAGGCCGAGAUUGACCGGGCCAUUACUGACUUCAACAACGUCAUCGGCCAGCACCAGCUCGCGGUGCAGGCCUUCCAGGGCUACGGCAAGGGCCUGAUCAAGAAGUUCAAGUGCUCCCCUGACGCCUACGUGCAGAUGAUCAUCCAGCUGGCCUACUACAAGAUGUACGGCAAGAACCGUCCGACGUACGAGUCGGCCGCCACCCGCCGCUUCCAGCAGGGUCGCACCGAGACGUGCCGCUCCGUCAGCGAGGCCAGCGUGGCCUUUUGCAAGGCCGCCAACGACGCGAGCGUCGACGACAAGACCAAGGUCGAGCUCUUCCGCAAGGCCAUUGACUCCCACCUCGAGUACAUCUCGGCCGCCUCGGACGGCAAGGGCGUCGACCGCCACCUGUUUGGCCUCAAGCGCCUGCUCGAGCCCAACCAGGAGGUUCCCGCUCUGUACCAGGAUCCCGCCUACGGAUACUCGAGUUCGUGGUACCUGUCUACUUCUCAGCUGAGCUCCGAGUUCUUCAACGGAUACGGAUGGAGUCAGGUUAUUGACCAGGGAUUCGGUAUUGCUUAUAUGAUCAACGAGAACAGCCUCAACUUCAACAUCGUCUCCAAGGGCCUCGGCUCCGACAGGAUGAGCUACUACCUCAACGAGGCCGCCAACGACCUCCGCGAUCUCCUUACCCCCACUCUGGAGGCUCCCAAGUCCAAGCUCUAAGCUAUAGGCUGUAGGCUUUGGGGUAGGGCAUGGGAAGUUGAGGAAUGUGGAAAUAAGAGGAAGGGUAGGGAAAGAAAGGAAAUGAAGGGCAUGACAUGAGUUUUGGAUAAGGAAAAAGAUACAUAGAAUCCGGAAGGCGGAUACAAGGGAAGAAGAAGCAGAAGAAGAACAAGGAAGAACAGUAGCAUGCAUGUUGUACCCGUCCAUUUUAGCUAUAUAUCAUGAUGUCUUUUUUUUUGUCCUUUUUUUCUCUUUUUCCUGUUUUCUUUUGUUUGUUUCAACUUCAUAUAUACCAUCUGUUUCUACAUCUGGCUCAGGUAGUUUUUCUCUGAUGGGGAGGUGGGUCAAUAUUAAGUGGCAUACAUAUCUGAACAAAAUUUGCAUCAAGCCCCUGUG